GCUCUGCGCAGACCACAGUUGUAAUGUCAUGUGUUUGUUGAUGGACCUGUUCAGAACUCCCUGUGGGAACCUGCUGAUUUAACACGCAGCUGGAACAAGAGGGAACAUCUGGAUGUUCCCGGUGUCUAACAGUGGAGCCUAGUGUUCUACCUGCUUCCUCCUUCACUCCUUCACUGUCCUUCUCUCUGUCUCCUCCUUCACUUCACACUCAGACUUUAAUAUUUCAGACUUGACUUUCAGGUUCUAACACACAUGAACUCACCACAGCUUCAAUAUGAGCGGAGAGCAGCAAUGCAGCGGAGCAGCUGGGAAACCCAGAGAGAAGGAGGAGGAGAAGAAGAAGAAGAAGAAGGAGGUGGAGGAGGAGGACUUCUAUGACUGCCAGGAGACUCUGGAGCCUCCAGACCCCAGAGAGGAGGAGGAGGAGGAGGAGGAGGAGGAGCCAGAAAAUUGUCACCAAAUAACUGAGAGACUGACGGUCAGAGGAGACAUCACAGAGACUGACACAGGAGGAGGACAUCGGCAGGAUGAGCAGGGCGACAGGCUGCAUGGCGACGGGCUGCAGGGGAAACAGGGCGACAGGCUGCAGGAGAAACAGGGCAACGGGCUGCAGGACGACAGGCUGCAGGACGACGGGCUGCAGGACGAUGGGCUGCAGGAGGAGCAGGACGACAGGCUGCAGGGCGACGGGCUGCAGGAGGAACAGGGUGACGGGCUGCAGGGCGACAGGCUGCAGGAGGAACAGGGUGACGGGCUGCAGGGCGACAGGCUGCAGGACGACGGGCUGCAGGACAACGGGCCGCAGGAGGAGCAGGACGACAGGCUGCAGGACGACGGGCUGCAGGAGUGUGAUUCCGACUCAGAGAUGAAGGAGGAGCAGAGUCAGAUGGAGUUUGAUGAUGAAUACCUGAGGGAGGCGGAGAAGGAGCUGACAGAGGAGGAGAAGGAGGGUCGACGGCAGCAGAGUUUAUCUCUGAAGGAAAAAGGAAACAGAGAGUUUAAAGAUGGAGAUUGGGCGGCGGCAGCAUCCACCUACACGGAGGCUCUUGUUCUGUGUCCGGUCUGUUUCAGCAGAGAGAGAUCUGUGCUGUUCUCCAACCGAGCUGCUGCAAGACUGCACCUGGAUCUGAAGGAGCAGGCGAUCUCCGACUGCACCAGAGCGAUAGAGCUGAAUCCGGACUACGUGCGGGCGCUGCUACGGCGGGCGGAGCUAUACGAACAGACGGAGAAGCUGGACGAGGCUCUGGAGGACUACAAGAUGGUUCUGGAGCGAGACCCGAACCAGACCAGCGCCAGGCUGGCCUGCAUGAAAUUACCUCAGCAGAUUCAGGAGAGAAAUGAGAAGUUGAAGGAGGAGAUGCUCGGGAAACUGAAGGACCUGGGGAACAUGAUCCUGAGGCCGUUCGGACUCUCCACCAACAACUUCCAGGUGAACCAGGACCAGGGCUCAGGGUCGUACUCCAUCAACUUCGUCCAGAAGCCGAGCGACAACAGAUGAUGUCCCGAUGGAUGACAUCAGCAUGGACACUGAUGACAUCACAGUAGCAUGUUUCACAGUCAAAUAAAGUUUGAUCGAUGAGCAUUC